AUGUCGAACUCUGCCAUCUUCAUCAUGAUCGUGUUGGCUGGGUUGGUCUACGCCUCCGUUGGAACGUCGAUGGACGAAGUCAACACCUUGGACGACGAGAAAAGGGUAUUUUAUUUUUCUUUUCGUUGUCUUUCUCCUUAGAUUUAUGAAUUUGGAGUCGGUUUUGCGUUUGCAACAUGUUUCGCUUCUUGGGGAUGAAAUUGCCAUACUACGCCGUUUUUCGACUUGCGUCGGGUUUUGCAAGACGUGUUUUUGGUGUAAACACUUUCAUAAAAGCCCAACUGGGGUGUCUGAAACAGUAAUGAGUCGAAACUCCGAUAAGAAUGAGGCAAAUUCGAUUGAUUUCAAUUCUGUCUAUUUUUGGCAUGUUCAAUGUCGUAAUAUGCCCUUUUUUCGCUUGAAACCGCUGUGCAUUGGGGUCUCUUGGUAUCAAGAAGACAGUUUUGUCAUUUUUCUUGCGUUACGGAACUGUUGCGUGAAGUUUGACAAUUAUGUUAUCCAUGACGAAAACUGGAUAAAUCUGAAAGUGGCGCUUUGUUGAUCUGUAUCUUUUCAGUACGCUCUGAACGAAGUGAUCGAUUCCCUCCGCAGUGCGAGCCGUGCAAAUGGCGGCUUUUCCAGUGAUCCCUACAAUGCUGAUGGCAGUGGAGCCAGUGGCGAAGAGGAGCCGGUUUUGGUUGCGGUCAAUGAGAGCGAAGAAAGUGGAUUAGACAAGGACAACGAGGGCUCUGGUGAUUCAUAUGAAGAUCAGAUCGGCACUGCUCCGCAAUACAUGGCACUUUCACGGCCUCGUCGCAACAAGGGCUACGACAACUUCUAUUUCCUCCCUUCCAGAGGCUAG